GCAGGCUUGGUUCACAAGUAUUUUAUAGUGAACAGCUGGCGCUUUCGAUAGUUUACUUAAUUUCACAAUUAUGUUAAAUUACGCUUAUGCUGUAUAAAUAAAUGUAAUAGGUCGAUUGCGAAAUUUUAUUUAAUGUCAUAUGAUGUAGGCAAGAGAUGUAGUUGUUUUAAUUAUUAGUUUAGUUUACUGCUAGCAAGUAUCGAUACCGGGCAGCUUUGUUAUCGGCAGCGUCACAACAACUGCCGUCGUCGCAGCAGCAACAACAACAACAAUAACAUAAAAAUAGAAAAUAAAAAGUGCAAUUUUCCGGCGUUUUAAUUAAAUUGCAAUACACGUAUGUCGACCGUUAGGAAUCAGGAAUAUGACUGCACCGUCAAGUGCCGGAAACGUGAGCACGGCAACAACAUUACGGCCGCAAUUACAAAACGUUCCGUAGACGAUCAAAAUUUGGCCGCAUUUAUUGCCAAAAGUUGUGCGAAUUUCAGCAAUAUACGGGAUUAUCUGGGCCGUUCCGCCGUACACAUGUGUGCCUCCGUGGCACGCUACAGAAUCCUCGAGUGGCUAUUAAAUCACGGUGCCCAGAUCGAUAUCCGGGACUACGAGUCCGGCAGUAGUCCACUUCACCGGGCUCUCUUCUACGGCUGCAUCGACUGCGCCGUGUUGUUGUUGCGCUACGGCGCCAGCUUGGAACUGCUCGAUGAGGACACCCGUUGUCCGUUGCAAGCGAUUUGCCGAAAAUGGGAUAUCGAUACCACGUCCAUGUCCCAAAAUGAAAUCCUGGUCUGGGGCUCGAACAAAAACUAUAAUCUGGGCAUAGGCAACGAGCAGAAUUCCAAUUCACCGCAGGCGGUGGAUUUCUUUCGUAAAUCCAAUCUCUGGAUAGAACAUGUUGCUUUGGGCGCCUAUCACAGUCUCUUCUGCGACAACAAGGGGCAUCUGUACGCCGUGGGACAUGGCAAGGGUGGCAGACUGGGAAUUGGCGUGGAGAACAGUUUGCCGGCUCCAAAACGUGUCAAGGUGCCACUAAAAAAUAACAACGAGCAUAUCAUCUGUCUGAGUGUAUCCAGACAACAUUCCCUGCUGCUGACGAAUCGUUCUCUGGUCUUUGCCAGCGGCCUCAAUGAUAACCAUCAGUUGGGAGUGCGGGAUGCGGGCGAGAGUCUAACCACAUUCAAGGAAGUCGUCUCAUUGCGGGACAAAGGCGCCAGCGAUUUGUUGCGAGUGAUUGCCUGCGAUCAGCAUUCCAUUGCCUACAGCAACAGAUGCAUUUAUGUCUGGGGCGCCAAUCAGGGACAAUUUGGCAUUAGUUCGCAGAUGAAAACGAUACCAACGCCAACAUUGAUGAAGCUGGCGGAGCGCACUAACAUCUGCUUUGUGGAGGCGAAUAAUGCAGCCACUGUGGUUUACUCAGCGGAAAAGUUGAUAUUUCUAUUCUACGCCGACAAAACGCGCACUAUCAAGACACCCAACUAUGAGGAUCUCAAGAGCAUUGCUGUGAUGGGUGGCAAUAUAAAGAACUCCACAAAGGGAUCUGCAGCAGCUCUAAAACUCCUGAUGCUCACGGAAACAAAUGUGGUGUUCAUCUGGUACGAGAAUACACAACAGUUUUACAGUUGCAAUUUAUCGCCCAUUCGCCUGCCGGAGAUCAAGAAGAUUAUCUACAAGUGCAAUCAGGUCUUGAUACUCUCCGAUGGCUGUGUCUAUCGUGGCAAGUGCAAUCAGCUCACGUUUCCCGCCGGCAGCCAGGAUAAACCCAAGCACAAUAUGGACAUCUGGCAGAAUAACGAUCAGAAUCGCACGGAAAUCUCAAGAGAACAUUAUGUUCGCAUCGAUUUGCAGCGUUUGCCGAAUAUUGAUCGUGCCGUUGACAUUGUUUGUGAUGAGAGUUUCUCCUCGUUUGCCGUGCUCCAAGAGUCGCACAUGAAGUACUUUCGGAAACCGACGUUGCCACGUCGGGAGCAUCAUUUCAAGAAGCUAUAUCACGACACCUGCGAUUCGGAUGCCGUUCAUGAUGUUGUGCUCCAUGUGGAUGGUGAACGCUUUGCGGCCCACAAGUUUAUCAUCUACAGUCGUGCACCAGGAUUGAGGGAACUGAUCCGUUGCUAUCUGGACAGAAAUGUCUAUUUGAACUUUGAUAAUUUGACUGGCAAAAUGUUUGAGCUCAUUCUAAAGCACAUCUACUGCAAUUAUUGGCCCACAGAGGAUGAUAUCGACUGCAUGCAACAGAGUUUGGGUCCGAAUAAACCUCAAAAGCGUAGCCGUGUCUGCGAAAUAUUUCACGCUCACUUGGAGAAGUUCCAGUUGCAGGAAUUGGCCAAAUACGUGCAAAGUUACAUCAGUGAGCAACAGUUUCCUUUGCCGAGUCGACAGCGUUUUAAUCGAUUGCACAGGUCGAAUUUCCCGGAUUUGUACGACGUGCGCGUUGUCUGCGAGGAGGGGGAAGUGCUGGAGGCUCACAAAUGUGUCCUGGUGUCGCGUCUGGAGUACUUUGAGAUGAUGUUCAUGCACUCGUGGGCGGAACGUGCCACAGUCAGCUUUGAGAGCGUGCCCGUGGAGUAUAUGGAACCCAUUCUCGAUUAUCUCUACAGUCUGGACACGGAAUCAUUUUGCAAACAGAACUAUACGGAAACGUUUCUAUAUAAUAUGAUCACCUUGUGUGAUCAGUAUUUUAUUGAAUCGCUGCAGAAUGUCUGCGAAUCUCUGAUUCUAGACAAGAUCAGCAUUAGGAAAUGUGGCGAGAUGUUGGACUUUGCCGUCAUGUACAACUGCAAGCUGCUCCAGGAGGGUUGUCUGGACUUUAUCUGCCAGAAUCUGGCACGUGUGCUCACCUAUCGCAGCAUCGAGCAGUGCGAGCCGACAACUCUGCAUCUCUUGAACGAUCAUUAUAGAAAGAUGUUCCACAAGGUGUUUGACUAUCGACAAAUUACACCCUUCUCAGAGGCUAUAGACGAUGAGCUGUUGCUCAGCUUUGUCGAUGGAAGCGAAGUUGAUCUAGAUUAUCGCAUGGUUGUGGAUGCCAAAUUGAAAGACGCUGCUCGGCACAAGCAAAAGGAGCUGCAUAAUAAACAGGAUGCACAUCACUAUGAACAGCAGGCCAUCUCCAGCAUGAUGAGGUCACUGAGUGUGAGUGAAUCCUCGCCAGAUCAACAGACAGCACCCCAAGAAAGCUCCCCAAAUGAGGUGAAGAAUUGGUCGCGUGUCGUGGAUAAAAAGGAGCAGAAACGCAAGCUGGCAGAGACGGCAUUGAAGGUUCACAAUGUGCUCAAGCAGGAGGAGCAGCCGAGUCCAGAACUGGUUGUCAUGUCACCCCGAAGUGUAAACGAGAGAACUCCCAGCAAGGAGCAAAUGCCAACACUGCCAAGCAGUCCAAAUGAGGCCAGCACACCCUUAAGCAAGAGCUACAACCUAGAUCUAAGCACCUUGAUGGGACAAUCCCAGAAAUUGUCACAGAAACAACGCAAACGUCUCUCCUCCGAAACGCAGAGUUGGCGUGCCAACAGCUCUGCGACCCUGGAGCCGAAUUCGACUCCCUUGGCAGUGCCCAAUGCUUGGGGUGUCACCUCCAGUUCACCGGCAACUUACCCAGAGGCUUUUAACUCGCCGCCCACAACGGGCAGCAUCACAGAUCCCACCUCCUUUGCCAAUAUGAUGCGUGGUCAGGCCACGACAGCUACAACAAAUGCGGAUCAGGGCAACAGCUUCUCCCAGAUCCUGGCGGAUGAGCGUCGUCAGCGUGAGAGCUACGAACGCAUGAGAAAUAAGUCUCUGGUCCAUACCCAGAUCGAGGAGACAGCCAUUGCCGAGCUGCGGGAGUUCUACAAUGUGGACAAGAUUGACGACGAAACCAUCACAAUUGAACGCAAGUCGAGGCCCAGUAAUAUAAAUUUUAGCAGCUGGUCUAGACAUUAAAUCUGUCAUUAAAUAUCUAUGUUUUGUUUCCCUUUUCUGCAACCUGACGAUUGAUUUUUUUUUCAAAUAAAAAUUAUGAAAUACAAAUUA